CCAAUAUAGCAGUUUCAUAACAACUUCAUGGCUCCAUAGGCCUACUCGUCGCGUAACAGUGAUACAGACCGUAAGGGGGUGUGGUGUCACGUGGGCCAACAUGAAUGCCUGAAGUUUAACUUGAGUUGCUCAAACAAAUUCGACCAAAGCACACACACACAUUCAGCAACAGUAGUUUCAUACCUGUGCAACGAGAAGACUGGAGGAUGGACGCAGCAUACAAAAAAAUUAACAGGAACUAUCCCACACUGGACAAUGGCAAAGAGCAGAGGAGAGGCUCCAUGUACCUGGAGGAAGAGACCAGCACCAAGGCGGGGGUGCUGUCCUGCUUCUUCUCCCUGAAGGAGGAGGUUGGGGCGCUGGCCAAAGCCCUCAGACUGUUUGAGGAGAAGGGCAUCAACCUGAUGCACAUAGAGUCUCGCCCGUCGCGACUGAACAACCAGCAGUUUGAGUUCUUCAUCAGCGUGGACACCAGCUUCUCCAAGGCCUUGGACGAGGUCAUCGACGGCCUGCGCACCGAGAUCAGUGGCCACGUGCACGAGCUCUCACGCAACAAACAGAAGGACACAGUUCCAUGGUUCCCCAAUGACAUCCAGGACUUGGACCGCUUUGCCAACCAGAUUCUGAGCUACGGAUCUGAGCUGGAUUCUGAUCACCCUGGCUUCACAGACCCAGUGUACAGAACCAGGAGGAAGGAGUUUGCCGACAUCGCCUACAACUACAGACAUGGCCAGGUCAUUCCCAAGGUGGAGUACACAGCGGAGGAGAAGGCCACAUGGAGCACAGUGUUCAAUGAGCUGAAGACUCUGUACCCCACGCACGCCUGCCGUGAGCACAACCGUGUGUUCCCCCUGCUGGAGCAGUACUGCGGCUACAGGCAGGACAACAUCCCCCAGCUGGAGGACAUCUCACGCUACCUGCAGUCAUGCACAGGUUUCCGGUUGCGCCCAGUGGCUGGCCUGCUCUCCUCUCGGGAUUUCCUGGCUGGUCUGGCCUUCCGAGUCUUCCACUCUACACAGUACAUCCGUCACCAAUCCAAGCCCAUGUACACACCUGAGCCGGAUAUCUGCCAUGAACUCCUGGGGCAUGUUCCUCUGUUUGCUGACCCCACCUUUGCCCAAUUCUCACAGGAAAUCGGUCUGGCUUCCCUGGGUGCCCCCGACGAGUACAUUGAGAGGCUUGCUACUGUCUAUUGGUUCACAGUGGAGUUUGGCCUCUGCAAGCAGGGCUCUGAGAUCAAGGCCUAUGGAGCUGGCCUUCUCUCAUCAUUUGGAGAGCUGCAGUACUGUUUGACAGACAAGCCCAAGAUUCAACCAUUUGACCCUGCGAAGACCAGCCUUCAGAAGUACCCAAUCACUGAGUUCCAGCCCAUUUACUUUGUCGCUGAGAGCUUUGAUGACGCCAAAGAGAGAGUCAGGAAAUUUGCCGAUACCAUCCCCAGGCCUUUCUCAGUGCGCUACAAUGCAUACACCCAGAGUAUUGAAGUCUUGGAUAACACCCAGCAGCUGAGAAACCUGGCUGACAACAUCAGUGGGGAAAUUGGGAUCUUGUGCAAUGCCCUGCGGAAGAUGGAGUAAGGAGAACACUUUGGAGACAUCCUUCAAAACUGAUGUGCACAAUGAUAGAAUCUCAAUGUAUCUCAUCAAUCUUGUAGAUUUCCAUUAUACUCUUUGUACUUAUAAUCUGUGUGCUUGUUCAUUAUAACAUUUACUGCAUUCUGCUUCAUCUUUAAAUAUAUUAUUCAUAAAUACCUACUGCAACCCAUAUGCACUAGUCAUUUUAAGUAGAACAUUUUAAUAUUAGUAGUCAUAUUAUUAGAGUAGCACUCUCUCAAUGAAUCACAGACAUGCAUACUACUAGCCAAUGAAAAUGGCACAUCGGGAAAAUGAGUCUCUCAUUGUAAAUAUUGAGCUACAUAAAACAAGUAUUAACUUUCUCUAAAUGAAUUAUUCGAUAAGUGAGUGAGGUUUUCGUUAGAUUUUUGUUAACUCCAACAAGGAGAAGUAUUGUUUUAUCAUACUUUUGUCAGCAUGUUCUAGAAAUCCAACACCCGCCAUUACAGUAUUGAUAGGUUAACCGACGUAAUUUUCCGUAACCAGCUGAGACAGAUGAAAUUAAAAGAGUGCUAUUCCAAAACUAUUAGCUCAGGCUUUGAAGAUUAUCUAAUUCGCACUUGAAUAUUCUAUGGUUAAACCGCAAAUAACAAAAAUGUAUCCUUGCAUUAUGCUAUGAAAAGCUAAGCCUCUAUAACACAAUAACGAAAUACAAUGUGUAUGUCCAGAGUGUUAUUAGAGAAUGUGUUUGAUUAUAUCCUGAAUUCUGAUUAAUCCAAAUGAUUGACUGUUUUUCCAUUCUUUACUAUCACCAUCAUAUUUGUUUGUAUAAUAUGCAUGAAAAUGUGUUAUUAUUAACUUGCCAAAUAAAUAUCUUUAUAUCCUGAAAA